CGUGACGUGUUACACCUGAGAUAAGAUAACGUUAAGGUGUGGAUACACGGCCCAGUCUCAAAAUGCAUUACCUGCUAAUAGUUCUAUUUAUUGUUGUUACCCCUGAAGCGAAAUGCAAUCAAACUGACCCAGAGGGCAUCGUUAAAAUUAUAGGAGGGAACAGGACUGACAUAACUGCUGUAAAAUACCAGGUGUCUAUCCGUGAUGGUUUAGGCUACCAUUUUUGUGGCGGUUCCAUAAUUAAUGAAUACCAUGUUGUCACAGCAGCCCACUGUGUUACUAGAGCGAAAAGGAAAGGAAAUAUAUUUUGUGUCGUCGGUGAAAACUACAGUACAGGAGGACAGCUCAACCCAGUCGUGCACAUUGCUGUACAUCCAAUGUAUGACAAAAGUGCAAUAAAACAUGAUGUAGCCGUGUUAAAAACAAAAAACAAGAUACAGUUGAAUAAUUACACAAUUGGAGCAGUCGCUUUGGCGAAUAGUACACCUCCGGAUGGAACUCAUUGUAUCGUAAGCGGCUGGGGAAGUUUGAUUGAGCCCCCCAAUUCAGGUUUAGCGAUACCAUCGAUAUUUCUCAUGUCCACCGAAGUCCCUCUUUACAGUUUAAAACAAUGCCAGACUAUUUACAAAUUAAUGGAGAUUUCAUUUCCAACAGGAGUUAUUUGUGCUGGAUACGAAAACGGUGGUCAUGAUUCUUGCCAGGGUGACUCUGGUGGUCCUCUAGUCUGCCAAGACAAGCUUGUUGGCAUAGUUUCAUUUGGAGUUGGCUGUGGAGAGGCUCACAUACCGGGUGUUUACACUGAAAUCGCUUCCCACCGGGAUUGGAUAAUACAACAGAACUCAUCCGAAUCAUUGCAUCCAACAUUUCUUCUGAUAAGUCUUGGCUUGUUCAUGUGUUUUAUAAUUUUUUUUAUUUAAUAUACUUUAAAAAAAUCCAUUGAUAUUCCAAAACGUUUAGAUUGAUUCAAUUUCAUUUUCAUCGAUCAAUUUUCAUUCAUAAAAAUUCUCUCUGUAUUUUUUUUUGUUUUACUUUGUGUUUUAAAUUAUUUUUCAUAAGGUUAUACUAAGAAUUUCACAUUUUAUUCCAAAUAAAAGACACUAAUCAUACCAAAUUUAGUUGCAAUUUAAAUGUAUUAUGUUAAAUUUUUAUAUUGUAACAGUUGUAUAAUCUCAAGACUUAUUCAGUUUAAAUUUUUAUUUAUGUUUCUUUCUCUAAUUAUUAUUGUUUUAUCGAUGAUAAAAUCACGUGCGAUGGUGUGUACCAUCAGUUCCUUCUCAGAACCUUGCUUUGGCUUAAUCAAAAGCAAAAAACGAUAUUGUAGCAUACAAUUUCACUGAAUCCCCACUGAAUAAAUUUAAUUUGUACUCUUUUAUUUAUCUAUGAACAAGAGGAAAUUCUUGAAUCGCUUUUUUUUAUUUAAAAAGACGACUGUGAUAAAAUGUAGGGAAAUGACUCUCUGAGUUUCGAUCUCUUUGAAGCUUUAAAACAAUCACUAGUCUGACUUAUUGUUUUUAACUUUAAAACUUCAAUUUUUAACCAAGGAAUGAAUAAAAAACAAAUUUCUAGUUCUUCAAGCAAUAUAAAAUGUAUUGCAACAAAUAUUUGUGUAUUCAAAAGGUCAAUUCAAUAAUUUGUACCAAUUUUGAAAAAAGUUGUACAAUAUAAAAAUAAAGUUAAGACGUGUGAUUUUAUUGUUACAAUAUAUAAACAAAUAAAUAAAGCGACUUCAAGAAUUGUACUUUGUUUUACGACCCCAAGAUUGUAUUUUUAUGAUAACCACACUUUAUUUUAAAGCUGUUGGCAGUUGCUUGUGGUUUUUAUUAUGAACACUUUCUUAUGUUUAAAAUAUAUUAUCUAUUCAAAUGUCAA